AUGGAAUCAUUAUACAAAAUCUUCGAUAUUGCAAACACCAAACUAAAAAAUAUAAUACAAUUAAUAAAAUAUACCAACUAUUCUACUGACUACCUCGACAGCGGCAUUUUAGAAACAUCACUUUCGAUUGAUGAUAAUGACAGCAACGACAAUAACAAAGUGCCCAUCAACGAACAAUGGACACUUAUCGACAGCACUAACAACACAAAGUUCCCGAAAUACCCCAUAUCCGUCGCGCAAGACCUCUUAGCAAUAUUCAAAGAGGGGAACAAUCGAUGGGAAUAUGACGAAGUGAUCUUGGUUGAUGUCAAAAUGUGGCUUGAUAAACAUAAUUAUCAACCGGAGAUCGUGUUUCGGACGGUGUAUAAUCUUCGACAUAAUUUGGAUUAUUUUUGUUUAUUGGCAUUUUUAUAUCUAUAUGGGGUGGGAACGUCGCCGAAUCCGACAGCUGCUUUUGCGCAAUACAAACUAGCAUGGUCAUAUUUUAAUGGUCGAGGCACAGAAGCCGACUUAAACAUGGCACUAUAUUGGUUCGAGAAAAGUGCACAUGCUGGAUUUCAUGAUGCGCAAGAUCACUUGGGUUAUUGUUAUCAAGUAGGAAAAGGUGUGCGAAGAGAUAUGAGGAAAGCAUUGUUCUGGUACCAAAAAGCUGCUGAUUCCGGAAACGCGAGUGCACGUAAAAGCCUCGCGCGAAUCUACCGGAAUGGACGUGGUGUACCACAGGACGUCCACCGUGCCAUUUGGCUGUAUGUGCGGUCGGAUCAAAAUUACAGUUAUGUUUCAAUGUGGCAUUUGAAGCGAUUAUUUCAGAAUAAGAGGUUUUAG